AUGAUUUGGGUCGCGUUUUUACCCUUUUUGGUUUGGUGCGCACUUGGGAACAGGACCAUGGAGCAGGUGCCGUUCUUUCACGGGCAUGUGUUUGAGAACUCGUCUCCGGGCUCCCGGGUCAACGGACUGAGCGUCCCGUUGAAACGGCUCAACUCGCAGAGACUGUGCGGUACUGAGGGAACCGGCUCAGCGUCAGCGCACUUUAAACUCUUGGGGGACGGGAGCGAGAAUUUCCGUGUCUUUGCGCACAACAAACGGGGGCAUAUUUUACUUAAGACUUCUGGGGUACUGGACCGGGAGGAGCGGGACGAAUACGCACUGGGUCUGGGUUUGUGUUGCGGGCAAUGCGCGGGACUCUCCCGGGAAGAGGUUGAGGAGUCUCCGGUAGUAGCUGAGGUGGCGUCCAUCAAGGUGGACGUACUGGACACCAACGACCACCAGCCCACCUUCCUCGGUGCCGAUGUGAAGCUGAGCCUGGAUGAUGCCACUGCGCUCCGCACGGCGAUCUACACGGUCACCGCGCGGGACGGUGACAGCGGCAAGAACGCGGAGCUCAUUUACUUCGCGCUGCCCAAAAACGGGAGUUUCUACGCGGUGCCCAAAACUGGCGACAUCCUCCUGGUGGACUCCAUCCUCGGUCUGGACGAACCGAUUAAGUUUAAAGUGUUUGCCCGGGACCGCGGGUGGCCACCUCGCACGAGUCAGAGCAUAACAGUGGAGAUCAAGCCAAAGCAAUGGCCCAUGACGCCCUCGCUAAACUCCCAACCGGGGAAACGGAAACCUAAAUCGCAAACUAAAGUACAGUCGCGAAGGUCCAGGUCGGUGCUGGAAUCGGACAACCCGGUUUUCAUCAACGUGUCAGAGGAUGCGGGGAUCGGUUCAGUGGUGAUGAACCUGAACCCGGUGAGGUUUCAGUCGGCCACGUUUGAGCUGGUGGAGCCCGACCUGGAGAGCUCGCCGGUCAGCGUGAGCCGGGACAGCGGGGAUAUAGUCAUAUCGCGGAGGCUGGACCGAGAGACUGAGCCGCUGGUGGAGAUCUCCGUCAAAGUUCAGGAUAAAAGAGGUCCAGAGUGGUACUUGGUCAGAGUGGAGCUGACUGUGACAGAUGUGAAUGACAAUGUCCCAGAGUGGAGCAUGGUUCCUGCCCCCUACCUCGCUGUGGUUUCACCUGAUGCCCCUGCGGGCUCGCUGGUCUACAAGCUCCACGCCCAGGACGGGGACGAAGGCAACAAUGGUGAAGUGGAAUACUUCCUGUCUGAUGGUGGUGAUGGUCGUUUUGAGGUAGACAGGAAGAGCGGCCAGGUCCGAACCACAGGCCUCCCGCUGCAGCGAGAUAGGGAGUACCUGCUGACAGUGGUGGCUGCUGAUCGGCUGGGCAGCCGCAGCGCCCCCGCCGUGGUCUCCGUGGUGGCGGGGGCCCGACCGCCACAGUUCACUAACGCUUCCUUCACCAUCGCCAUACCAGAAAACACCCCUGAAGGACAGCCCUUCCUGGUCACACCUGCCGUGUCCUUCCAGAAGAAACCAAUCAGCUACAGCCUCCUCAUCAAUCCCAGCAGCCUCUUCUCCAUCUCAGCGGAGACCGGCGAAAUCAGCCUGACCCGCCCUAUUGACUAUGAGAGCGACCAGCAUCGCUACUUGCUGCUGGUGCGAGCCAGCGAGGGCAUGGAGAGCAUGAGCAGCGCGGCAGAGGUUCGAGUUGUUAUCGUCGAUGAAAACGACUGCGUCCCAGAGUUCCUCCAGUCCAUUUACAGCAAGGACGGCGUGCCGGAGACUGUGACGACAGCGACCUCCCUGCUGCAAGUGUCGGCCAACGACUGUGACUCAGAGGAGAAUGCAGAGUUGACCUACUACACGCUGAGUCAGGACUUCACCAUUUCCCCUCAUGGGACCAUUUUCCCUGCAAGGCCUCUGGACUACGAGAGGCCCAACCACCUGUACGAGUUUGUUGUGAUGGCCAUCGACAAGGGGGAGGUCCCUCGCACCGGGACGACUACAGUACGGAUUCGGAUGGCUAAUGUCAACGAUGAGGCGCCUGAGUUCUCCCAACAUAUAUAUCGGACCUUCGUCUCAGAGGACGCGGGGCCCAACACGCUUGUUGCCACGGUGCUGGCGAAGGACCCCGAUGGGGACGGGAUCACAUAUAAGAUCACCACAGGAAACGAGGAGGGCAACUUCGUCAUUGACAGCCAAAAAGGCUUAAUUCGUUUGCGCUCCAGCCCACCCCCUCGCCUCCAGGGUGUAGAAUAUGUCCUCAAUGUUACAGCAACGGAUGACAAUGCCUCAGGCGGACCUCAGGCAUUGUCAUCAACUGCCCAGGUCGUAGUGGGAGUGGACGAUGUGAAUAACAACAAGCCCGUCUUUGAGAAGUGUCAGCAGUACCGAGAGAGCACGUCAGUCCUGGAGAACCAGCCAGCGGGGACGUUCGUUCUGCAGGUUCAUGCUGUGGAUGCUGACGAGGGCUCCAAUGGCAGGGUCACAUACGGCUUCAUGCACAAAGACUCCACUGUGCCGGCGUUCAGCAUACACCCUGACACUGGAGUAAUUGUGACAGCCAGGAAAUUUGACCGCGAACGCCAACGGGAGUAUGCAGUGACAGUGACCGCCACUGACCAGGCAGCUGACCCACUGAUUGGCAUUUGUCAGCUCAACAUCCUCAUCUUGGACCAGAAUGACAACAGUCCCAAGUUUGAGAACAUCCGAUAUGAGUACUUCCUUCGUGAGGAUACCAUGAUCGGGACUAGUUUCUUGAGGGUGGCAGCUCAUGAUGAUGACUUUGGCACCAAUGCAGCCAUCACCUACUCUAUGUCCAGUGAACAGCCGGAAUACCUCAGGGUCAACCCGCUGACAGGCUGGGUGUACGUCAACCAGCCCAUCUCUCAGAGGAGCUACAUCACCAGGGAAAUUGUGGCUACGGAUGGAGGGAACAGGAGCAGUUCAGUGGAGCUGGCUGUCACCAUCACCAAUGUGAAGAAUCAGCCUCCACAGUGGGAGAAAGACAGCUACAGCGUGGUCAUACCGGAAAACACUGUCCGAGACACACCCAUCGUGACCAUCAAAGCCACAUCCCUGCUUGGGGAUCCCAGGGUGACUUACAAUUUGGAGGACGGUAUGGUUCCAGAGACAAACAUGCCAGUUCGCUUCUAUUUGACCCCCAACCGAGAGGACGGCUCGGCCUCCAUCCUGGUGGCAGAGCCCCUGGACUAUGAGACCACCAGAAACUUCAUGCUGCGGGUUCGAGCCCAGAACGUCGCCGCUGUACCACUGGCAGCCUUCACCAUGGUCUAUGUCAAUGUCACAGAUGUAAAUGACAACGUCCCGUUUUUCACUUCCUCCAUCUACGAGGCCUCGGUCACUGAAGGGGCAGAGUCCGGAACUUUGGUUUUCCAGGUCUCAGCCAAUGACCUAGACUUGGGUCUCAAUGGCAAGAUCUCCUACUCCCUGCUGGAGGAUCGCAGUGGGGACCACCAGUAUUUCCGUAUUGACCCAGAGCUCGGAUUCAUCUACUCACAGACUGUGUUUGACCGUGAGACCAAAAGCUCCUACCUACUGGAGGUUCAGUCUGUGGAUGGCUGGGAGUCGGCACGGCCUGGCAAACAUGGACAGCCCAACUCUGACACGGCAUAUGUUCGCGUUUUUAUCAGUGACGUGAAUGAUAACAAGCCUGCAUUUGCACAGACAUCCUAUGAAGUUGAUGUGGAUGAGGACGCUGACGUAGGCUUUGCCAUUGUCACCGUCAGUGCCAAUGAUGGGGACGAAGGUGGAAACGCCAAACUGCGUUACCAGAUCACUUCAGGGAACACAGGAGGGGUAUUUGAUGUUGAACCAGAAGUGGGUACUAUCUUUAUUGCUCAGACUCUGGACUAUGAGCAGAACAAAAGGUACAAGCUUCAUGUCCUGGCUUCAGAUGGGAAGUGGGAAGAUUACACGACGGUGACGGUAAACGUUGUUAACAAGAAUGACGAGGCGCCGGUGUUUACCGUUAACGAGUACUACGGCAGCGUGACAGAGGAGCUGGAUGGCUCGCCGGUGUUUGUGUUACAGGUAACAGCGUCUGACCCAGAUAAGGAUGCCGACCAGGAGGCCCUGCGUUACUCUCUCCACGGCCAGGGCGCAGAGAGCGAAUUCAUAAUUGAUGAGGUCACAGGCAAGAUCUACGCCCAGCGGACCUUGGACCGCGAGGAGCGAGCCGUGUGGCGUUUUGUCGUCCUGGCCACAGACGAAGGUGGCGAAGGUCUGACAGGCUUCACCGACGUCAUCAUCAACGUGUGGGACAUCAAUGACAAUGCGCCUGUCUUCACCUGCGCCCCCAGCUGCCACGGAGACGUGGCGGAGAACUCUGUAGUGGGGACAUCCGUGAUGGAGAUGACGGCCACGGACCUGGAUGACUCAGCUGUGGGGCAGAACGCUGUGCUCUCUUACAGGAUUGUGGGUAGUUUAGAUGCCACUAACAUCGAGCUAGAAGGAGUGCCGACUUUCUCAGAAAUGUUCACUAUCAACCCCACCACAGGGACAAUCACUGUAGCCAUGGGAGGUCUGGACAGAGAGCAGGUUGAGUCCUACCUCUUGGUCGUGGAGGCCAGAGACGGGGGAGGGAUGACAGGUACUGGAACCGCUACAAUUCAGAUCAAGGAUGUGAACGACCACGCGCCAAGGUUCACUGAUCACUCCUGUCUGGCAAGGAUCUCUGAGAAUGCAGAGCCCAAUGCAGAGGUAUUGGAGCUUGCUGCCGAGGACAGAGAUACUGGAGAAAACGCCCAGCUCACCUUCAGUGUUGUGUCUGGAGACCAAGAGCAGAAGUUCUACAUGGUCAGUCACAAGCAGGAGCAGCGCGGCACCCUAAGGCUUAAGAAACGUCUGGACUAUGAACGACACAGCGAGCAGAGGUUCAACCUCACCCUGAAGGUUGAAGACCUCGACUUUUCCAGCCUUCUGCACUGUGUGGUGGAGGUGGAGGACUACAAUGACCACGCUCCUGUCUUCAUUCCACACUUCCUGUCACUCGCCCCGCUGCCCGAGGACAUCACCGUGGGAACCAGUGUGGCACGUUUGGUGGCCAGCGACUCUGAUUCAGGCCAGAACCGUGACAUCACCUACAGCCUGUCAGAGGACUCCGAUCCCGAGGGGCUGUUCACCAUUGACCAGUCCGGGGUGCUCUCUGUGGCCCGGCCUCUGGAUCGGGAGAGGGUACCCCAGCAUCACUUGGUUGUCAUAGCGACCGAUCAUGGGCUUCCACCUCUAACCGGCAGCGCCACGGUCCAGCUGCCUCUAUUGGAUGUGAAUGAUAAUGGACCAGAGUUUGAGGCCGCGUACUCCCCGAUAGUAUUUGAGAAUGUGGCUGGACCACAGGUAGUAAGGUUGAACCAAACAUCGACCCUCCUCCGAGCUGUGGACCAGGACUCUCCCGAGAACGGUCCGCCCUUUCACUUCACCAUCCCCUCCGAGUAUCGCCACAGCAACGAUUUCUACCUCCAGGACAACCUAAACGGCACUGCCACACUGACAGCCCUGAGAAUGUUUGACCGCGAGCGCCAGAAAGAGUUCCUCAUUCCUAUUAUUAUGAGCGACAGUGGCCGUCCACCCAAAACAGUGACCAGCACCCUGACGGUAACCAUCGGUGACCAGAACGAUCACGCACACGUGGCAGGGGAGAAGAAGAUUUUCAUCAAUAGUCACCGGGGCCGUAUGCCAACCACAGUGCUUGGAAAGGUUUACUCUCCUGACCCUGAUGACUGGGACAACAAGACGUACGUCUUUGAAGGACAUGUGCCAAGUUACUUCAUCCUGAACAAGCGAACAGGUUUCCUGAUCAUCAAGGAGAACGCCCCACCCGGCACCUAUCAGUUCCAGGUCCGUGUGUCCGAUGGAAUCUGGCCGGAUGCUGUCUCCACUGUCACCGUGCAUGUGAGGGAGCUGCGAGACGAGGCCAUCUACAACUCAGGGUCUCUCCGCCUGGCAGACAUCACAGCAAAGGAAUUCAUUGAACUGAGAGGGAAGCAGCGGAGCCGCUACGAGCUGCUGGUGGAUUUCCUGUCCGAGAUGCUCUCUGUUCCACCUGAUGAUGUCAACAUUUUUAGCCUAAUAGAUGUGAGGGAGCGAAUGCUGGAUGUUCGCUUCGCUGUGCACGGUGGCCCGUCCUUCCUCCAGCCUGAGAAAAUGCAUGGUUAUCUGGCUGCCCACAAACAAAAGCUCCAGUCAUUCCUGCAGGUCAGCGUGUCCCAAGUGCGGAUAGACGAGUGUCCCAGCUCAGAGUGCGCCGGGACCGGUGGCUGCACUAACGUUUUGAAUGUGCGAGAUACACCCACAGUGGUGGAUUGUGGGACUAUGAGUCUUGUAUCUGUGACCGUGGAAUCCACAGCUGUGUGCUCUUGCACAGGUAGAGAGCAGUCCCAUCAGCCCUGCGCCGCAUAUCCCAGGAACCCCUGCUUCAAUGGUGGAGUGUGUAUGGACACUCAGCAUGGCUACAGGUGCCAAUGCUCAGCUCAAUUCGAAGGGCCUGAGUGCCAGCAGAACAAGCACAGUUUCCAUGGCAACGGCUAUGCCUGGUUUCCUCCCAUGAUGCCUUGUUUCGAGAGUCAUGUGUCGAUGGAGUUCAUCACGGACGUGGCUGACGGACUGCUGCUGUACAGCGGCCCCUUGGCUCAGCUGCAGGCCUGGGACCACGAGGACUUCAUGGCCAUAGAGCUGAUAGAUGGGACCCCCACCUUGAAAAUCAACCACGGCUCUGGCACAGUGGUGCUACAGUUGCCAGGCAACGUGAACGUGGCAGACAGGCGCUGGCAUCGGCUGGAUGUCCGCAGCAACAGCAAGGAAGUGCGUUUCACCCUGGAUCGCUGUUCAGGGGCAGCGGUGAUGGAAAUGGAGGGUCUGGGCAGCUGGUUGACCACGGAGGACCACUCCUCCUGUGAAGUGACAGGCGUUACACCCAACACUGACAGACACCUGAAUAUGAGCCAGGUCCUGCAGCUUGGCGGUGUCAACGAGGACAUCCCCUACAUCUACCCCCAGCUUCAGCAUAAACACUUCACCGGCUGCAUUCGCAACCUCGUCGUGGAUAGCAAGCUGUAUGAUUUGGGCUCCCCGGCUGAUUCGCAGUCCAGCUCUCCGGGCUGCCUGACCACCGAUAGCAGCUGUGUCAACAUGGGCUAUCCGUCCUGCGGCCACCGGGGUCGCUGUCACGGCGAGUGGGGCUCCUUCAGUUGCCAGUGUGUGCCGGGAUACACAGGAAACCAGUGUGAAGAGGAGGUCCCAGAGUAUUCCUUUGAUGGACACAGUCACGUGCAUUACAAGUUGGCCUCCCCGCUGCCAGCCCGGAAGACAUGGGUCCAAGUCCUGGUUCGAACCCGCAAACACAGCAGCACCAUCCUCAAUCUGAUCUCCAAGGAGCAGAGCGAAUACCUCCGACUAGAGAUCUUCCAGGGCCUCCUCUGUGUGUUCUACAACCUUGGUGAUGGGGACUACAACCUAACCCUGCCCACCUAUCGCCUUGACAACGGGGAAUGGCAUGAGGUCAUCUUAGAUCGGCAUGACAACGAGAUGACACUGCGACUGGACGGUGGUGGAGGGCAGCGGGAGGUCACGGGAUCGCGGGGCCGUAGCCGAGAAAUCAUAAUUGACCCCAGUGUGGUGAUUCUGGGAAAUACCUUCCCAUCUGCAAUCAACAAAAGUUUCCAGGGCUGCAUGCGGGACUUACGCCUCAAUGGUCGCUAUAUGCCACUAGACAGCCAGCCGCGAGAUGGGGUGUCCCAGGUCAGCAUACAAGGCCUCUCCCUUGGGUGCUCGUCUGACUCCUGCAAAAGGAACCAAUGUAGCCCCCCAUUCACCUGUGUUGACUUGUGGAGAGUGCAUGAAUGCAGAUGUCCUCCUGGCCACAUGAUCCGUGUGAACGGCUCCAGAAAGUCCUGUGUCUACACUCUCUGCGCCACACGGCCCUGUCACCGGGGAACCUGCGUGGCACAGUCACCCUCCAAAUUCACCUGCCACUGCCCGGAGGGCUACAGAGGGCGCCACUGCGAGACGCCACUGGCCAUCUACAGGGAGGAUGUGGGCCUGAGCUUCAGCUCCCUCUUCGCAAUCUGUAUCUGCUUCAUGGCCUUACUGGUGCUGCUGCUGGGCAUUUUCCUCUACACUCGCUGGAGGAGCUACAAAGGGCUGAAGGAGGGCGUGUACCAUGUCUCGGCCCACCACGACGGGUGGGAGGACAUCCGAGAGAACGUCCUCAACUACGACGAGGAGGGAGGCGGGGAGGAGGAUCAGAAUGCCUAUGACAUGGCGGAGCUGCAGAAGUCCCUCCAGCCGAGCCCGGCCCAGUCGGUCCAGUACUGCCGCUCCAGAGCCCUGCACCACCCUCCUCCUCCCCACCACCACCAUCACUUGCUUCACCAGGCGCCCCCCGCCCCGCCCUCCACCCAGCCGCUGGACUCUCUCAGUCGGACAGCCAGCUCCACCACCCUGCCCCCUUCAGUGGCUUCCACCUCCUCGACCGCCACCACUACCACCAGCCUCCGCAGGGACGUCCCCCCAACCAGACUCCCGGCCCAGGGCCAGGCGCGGCCCUCCCAGCUGGCACGCCGCUCCCUGUCUUUCUCCAGCCAGGACCUGGCCCGCUACCUGUGCGAGAUCAUCCGCGAUGCCGACCAGCAUCCAGACACGGGGCCUUUCGACUCCCUGCAGGUCUUCUCCACCGAGGGAGGGGGCUCGCCCGCCGGGUCCCUCAGCUCCUUCAGCUCGGCGGGGCUGGACGGGGGGAGCGGCGGAGACGGGGGAGGGGGAGGGGAGGCGAGAAGGGAGGAGACGCUCGGGGAGUGGGGGCCUCGCUUCGAGAAGCUGCGGGCCCUGUACGAGCGAGCCGAGGCCAGUGACCUCUGA